AUGAGUGCGGGGCGUGCGGGGCUGCCGCGCUGCGCUCCCGGCCGCCGCCGGGGAAGGACGGACGGACGGCGCCGCCUCGGGCGGCCGGGCGGCGGGCACGUCGGCGCAGCCCGGGAGCCAGAGGAGCGCGCCCGCCCGGCCGCCGGCCCCCGGAAGGUCCCGCCGCGUCCCCCCCGGGCUGGACAUGUCCAUGUUCACGUGAAGAUGGAUUUGGUGUACGGUCUCGUGUGGCUGCUGACAGUCGUCCUGGAGGGGAUCUCCGGCCAAGGAGUGUACGCUCCCCCAACCGUUCGUAUUGUGCACUCAGGGUUGGCCUGUAAUAUUGAGGAGGAGCGCUACUCUGAAAGAGUCUACACUAUAAGAGAAGGAGAAACCCUAGAAUUGACCUGUUUGGUCACUGGACACCCACGUCCACAGAUCAGGUGGACCAAAACAGCAGGAAGUGCCUCUGACAGAUUCCAAGACUCAAGUGUCUUCAAUGAGACUUUAAGGAUUACAAAUAUUCAGCGAAACCAAGGAGGCCGGUAUUACUGUAAAGCAGAAAAUGGCUUGGGGUCCCCAGCGAUAAAGUCAAUCAGAGUGGAUGUGUACUAUUUGGAUGAUCCUAUAGUAACUGUUCAUCAAAGUAUAGGUGAAGCUAAAGAACAGUUUUACUAUGAAAGAACAGUAUUCCUCAGGUGUGUUGCCAAUUCCAAUCCACCUGUUCGGUACAGCUGGAGGCGUGGCCAAGAGGUGUUACUACAAGGAUCUGAUAAAGGAGUGGAGAUUUAUGAACCCUUCUUUACCCAGGGUGAAACAAAGAUCUUAAAAUUAAAGAAUCUUCGACCUCAGGACUAUGCUAAUUAUAGCUGCAUUGCGUCAGUGAGGAAUGUAUGUAAUAUUCCUGAUAAGAUGGUAUCAUUUAGACUUUCCAAUAAAACAGCAUCUCCGUCAAUUAAACUCUUGGUGGAUGACCCUAUAGUUGUAAAUCCUGGAGAGGCUAUAACAUUAGUAUGUGUUACGACAGGAGGACAACCUGCACCGACUCUCAGCUGGGCCAGGUCCUUUGGGCCUCUGUCUGACAAGACUAUUCUGCAUGGAGGAACUUUGACCAUACCUGCUAUCACUUCAGAAGAUGCUGGUACUUACAGCUGCGUUGCCAAUAACAAUGUGGGAAACCCUGCAAAAAAGUCCACCAACAUCAUUGUGAGAGCCUUAAAAAAGGGACGGUUUUGGAUCACACCGGAUCCUUAUCACAAAGAUGACAACAUCCAGAUUGGGCGUGAGGUGAAAAUAUCUUGCCAAGUAGAAGCUGUUCCUUCUGAGGAGUUAACAUUUAGUUGGUUUAAAAAUGGUCGUCCAUUAAGAAGCUCUGAGCGGAUGGUUAUUACACAGACUGAUCCAGAUGUGUCUCCAGGAACAACAAACUUGGACAUCAUUGAUUUAAAAUUCACGGAUUUUGGGACAUACACAUGUGUAGCGUCUCUGAAGGGAGGAGGAAUAGCUGAUAUCAGUAUUGAUGUUAAUAUAUCCAGCAGCACAGUUCCACCCAAUCUGACUGUUCCACAGGAAAAAUCACCUUUGGUCACCAGAGAAGGAGACACAAUAGAACUACAGUGUCAAGUAACUGGAAAACCUAAACCCAUCAUCCUUUGGUCUAGAGCGGAUAAAGAAGUUGCAAUGCCUGACGGGUCAAUGCAAAUGGAGAGUUAUGAUGGAACACUGAGGAUUGUGAAUGUAUCUAGGGAAAUGUCAGGAAUGUACAGAUGUCAGACCAGCCAAUACAACGGAUUUAAUGUGAAACCAAGAGAAGCUUUGGUGCAGCUCAUUGUUCAGUAUCCUCCUGCUGUGGAACCAGCGUUUUUGGAAAUCCGUCAAGGACAAGAGCGAAGUGUCACUAUGAGCUGCCGGGUUCUGAGAGCCUAUCCCAUACGGGUACUGACCUAUGAGUGGCGCUUAGGCAACAAAUUAUUGCGGACAGGUCAGUUUGACUCUCAAGAGUACACAGAGUAUCCGGUGAAGAGUCUUUCCAAUGAAAACUAUGGGGUUUAUAACUGUAGCAUCAUAAAUGAAGCUGGAGCGGGGAGAUGCAGCUUUCUUGUUACAGGAAAGGCCUAUGCUCCAGAAUUCUAUUAUGAUACCUACAAUCCUGUGUGGCAAAACAGACACCGUGUUUAUUCCUAUAGUCUACAGUGGACACAAAUGAAUCCUGAUGCAGUGGAUCGGAUUGUGGCAUACCGGCUGGGUAUUAGGCAGGCUGGACAACAGCGUUGGUGGGAACAAGAGAUUAAAAUAAAUGGAAAUAUUCAAAAGGGAGAAUUAAUUACAUAUAAUUUGACUGAGCUAAUUAAACCAGAGGCUUAUGAAGUCCGACUAACACCUCUCACCAAAUUUGGCGAAGGAGAUUCAACAAUUCGUGUCAUCAAGUACAGUGCUCCUGUUAAUCCUCAUUUAAGAGAAUUUCAUUGUGGAUUUGAAGAUGGUAACAUUUGUUUGUUCACACAAGAUGAUACAGAUAAUUUUGACUGGACAAAGCAAAGUACUGCAACAAGAAAUACAAAAUAUACUCCAAAUACAGGACCUAAUGCUGAUCGUAGUGGCUCUAAAGAAGGUUUUUACAUGUAUAUUGAGACCUCACGACCAAGAUUGGAAGGUGAAAAGGCUCGACUUCUCAGCCCAGUCUUCAGCAUAGCUCCCAAAAACCCGUAUGGCUCCCCAAACACUGCCUAUUGUUUCAGCUUCUUUUAUCACAUGUAUGGACAGCAUAUAGGUGUUUUGAAUGUUUAUCUACGUUUGAAAGGGCAGACAACAAUGGAGAAUCCACUAUGGUCUUCAAGUGGGAAUAAAGGACAACGAUGGAAUGAGGCUCAUGUCAAUAUAUAUCCAAUUACUUCAUUUCAGCUCAUUUUUGAAGGUAUUCGAGGCCCUGGCAUCGAAGGUGACAUUGCCAUUGAUGAUGUAUCAAUCGCAGAAGGAGAAUGUGCAAAACAAGAUCUAACGACUAAGAAUUCCGUUGAUGGUGCUGCUGGAAUUUUAGUACAUAUAUGGCUUUUUCCAGUUAUUGUCCUCAUCUCUAUCCUGAGUCCUCGAAGGUGA